AUGACCUUGGCCCAUGGGAAACCUGGGCCCGAGGCUCUGUACCUCCUUUCUAUCACCCCAGAAGUCGUGAUGAUCAGGCUGCUGAUUUCCUUCCUGUUUGUGGCCCUGGCUUCAGGCUGUGGCCAACCUGUCUACAACCCCUUCAGCCGCGUGGUCAAUGGUGAGGACGCUGUCCCUUACAGCUGGCCCUGGCAGGUCUCCCUGCAGUAUGAGAAGAAUGGGGCCUACCACCACACCUGUGGUGGCAGCCUCAUCACGCCUGACUGGGUGAUGACUGCAGGCCACUGCAUCUCGAGCUCUCGGACCUACCAGGUGGUGCUGGGCGAGUAUGACCGGGCCGUGGAGGAGGGGCCUGAGCAGGUGAUCCCCAUCAACGAAGGGGACCUCUUCGUGCACCCUAAUUGGAAUGCCAACUGUUUGGCCUGUGGAAAUGACAUCGCGCUGAUCAAGCUCUCCCGGAGUGCCCAGCUGGGAGACAAGGUCCAGCUCGCCUGCCUACCUCCUGCUGGUGACAUCCUGCCCAACGAGGCACCCUGCUACAUCAGUGGCUGGGGCCGUCUCGUGACCAAUGGGGCUCUCCCAGAAAAACUGCAGCAGGCCCUGCUACCUGUGGUGGACUACAGCCACUGCUCCAGGUCUGACUGGUGGGGCUCCUCUGUGAAGGAGAACAUGGUGUGCGCUGGAGGAGACAUCAGCUCUGGAUGCAACGGUGACUCUGGGGGACCCCUCAACUGCCCCACUGAGGAUGGCACCUGGCAGGUCCAUGGCGUGACCAGCUUUGUUUCUUCCCUCGGCUGCAACACCCUGAAGAAGCCCACGGUAUUCACUAGGGUCUCUGCAUUCAACCAGUGGAUCGAGGAGACCAUUGCAAGCCACUAGCCCAAGGCCUAACUGGCGGCACCCAUCCACGUCCUUCAGAAAGAAUAAAGACCUC